AUGAAGUCUAUCUUGGGCGUCGUUGCUCUCCUGGCCUUGGGAGCUUCCGCUCUUCCUCAUGGCAUUGAUGGUGAUCUUGCCUACAACAAGCCUGCUGCUCCUGGAAAGCGAGCUGAUCUCGAUGGCGACCUGGCUUAUAAUAAGCCGGCUGCUCCUGCUAGGCGGGCUAGUAUCGACGGUGACCUGGCCUACAAUAAGCCGGCUAGCCCCGAGAAGAGAGCUGACCUUGACGGCGAUUUGGCUUAUAAUAAGCCUGUUGCUCCUGGAAAGCGAGCUGACCUUGAUGGUGAUCUGGCCUAUAACAAGCCUGUUGCUCCUGGAAAGCGAGCUGACCUUGAUGGUGAUCUGGCCUAUAACAAGCCUGUUGCUCCUGGAAAGCGAGCUGACCUUGAUGGUGAUCUGGCUUAUAAUAAGCCGGCUGCCCCUGCCAAGCGGGCUGAUCUUGAUGGCGACCUUGCCUAUAACAAGCCUGUUGCUCCUGUCUGA